GGACAAGCCCCUCUCCACACAUUCCGUGAUCACCCUGGGCCCUUGUAAAUUGCCCCUUCAACUGCACAUCUCCUCUCCAUCGUCUCCUUGAGGCUUAUUAUAUGCAUGCAUCAUCCCUGAUCUCUUUCAUCUCUUCCUUGCUAGCUACUUCUCUAGUUAUAGCUCUCUCUCUCUCUCUCUCUCUCUCUCUCUCUCUCUCUCUCUCUCUAGCUCUCUUCUCUCUCGUAGUACAUGUCUACCGUCUUCAUGACCCAACUGCCGCGUACUCUCCGUCUAAUGGAGGGAGAGCAGGAUCAGGGACUCUUUCCGGCGUCGACCUUCCAUGUCGCAAAGGACCCUCCAAUCUUGUUCCCGUUCAUGAUCACCAGCCCCGUCCAUGUAGAUCAGCUCCAAGGGCAAAGCAGCUAUGGUGAUCAGCACUUGGGGCAGCAUGUCUUGUCUGAAUCUACUCAACAGUUCACCGAUCGGACGAUGAUAAGUGGGUCAGAAGUCUUCCCUAGGCGGCCAUCGCCGUUCGGGCAGACUAUCCAAAGCAUCGAUGGUGAUAUGAUCCAGCCAUCUGCGUAUGAUCCAUAUGAUAUAGUGGAGAACCAGCGCACGGAAGGAUUGAGCGGCGGCGGCUGGACAGUGUCGUCGUCCUCGUCGUCACCGCCGGCGAAGAUGAAGAUCAUGCGCAAGGCGACGAGCGAGUAUCCCGAGGGUGGAGCUGCAAGAAAGCCAAGGAGAAGAGCCCAAGCGCACCAAGACGAGAGCCAGCUACUGACGAUGCAGCAGCAGGCUAUGGGCGUCGUCGUUAGAGUGUGCUCCGACUGCAACACCACAAAGACCCCCUUGUGGAGGAGUGGUCCUCGUGGCCCCAAGGUGAAUUACCAAUCUCUCUGCAACGCAUGUGGCAUAAGGCAAAGGAAGGCGAGGCGGGCGAUGGUGGCCGCGGCCGCGGCAGCUGCUGCCAGCAACGGAGGCGCGCCUCCACAAGCGGUGAGCGGCGUUGCCACCCAGCAGCAGCCGAAGCCGAAGCCGGCCAGGAAGGAGAAGAGGUCGGACGCCGCCGACCGGUCGCUGCCGUUCAAGAAGCGGUGCAAGAUGGUGGUUGUCGAUCACGCUGCCGGUGCAGCGGCAGCCACGGCGACGCCAGAGGCCGCAGCUGCUCGGAGUACCAAGGAUCAAGCGGAUCACGUCUCCGGCGACAAGCAGGUUGUUGCCCCUGCCGCCGCGAUGAGGAGUCUGGAUCAGAGCGAGAUCGCCACUCCUCCUCCCUCGGCGGUGUCGUCGUUUCAUGCUGCUUUCCCGGCCGACGAGAUCACCGACGCCGCCAUGCUGCUCAUGACCCUGUCCUGUGGUCUCGUCCGCAGCUAGCUAUAUAUGGCUAGCUUCUACCUGCUGAGAAAUCCGUCGCUAGCAAGUGCAACCUGAUUCUGCACCUAAAAAGUACCCUAGCUACAUCUACCAUAUCUUAAUAUCGCUUGUGUUCUUUUGUUUGAUUUUGUGUUGAGACCGGAAGAGGAAGGAGAUCGCCAGGAGAUAUAUAGAGUGAUCACAUGUCCAAGGCGGACGACAAUAAUUAUGCGAAAAACUCUCGCUAGCCAGGAAUUAGUCAUUUUCUACCAUAAGAGUGAGCCUUUUAAUUUCACCCUUUUUCAGUUCUUCGGCUAAUUAUAUAUUCAAGUCCACUAUAUGCUAUGUAACUUUCUUUGUUCCAUAAUUUGUAUUACUUAUAUAUGUUGUACUGGAUCAUCGGAGCUAAAUAAAAAUAUUGAGGAUAUACAGUGA